AUGGCCCGUGUGUCGGGCGAAGUGACUUCUGGAGAGCUGCUGGACGCUGUCACUUCGCUGCGCAGCUCCUUCGCCCGCUUGGAGCUCCGUGGACAAGCACUGGACCGGUCCCGCCGACGCUUGAGGGACCGAGGCGUGGAACGAUCUCUGUCGAAACAGGGCCAGGUCCAUGCCGAGGACGCAGGGGAAUCCGAGGGGUGUCCGAGAGUGUUUUGCCCAAACAUGUCCAUCCAGGUCCCUCCCCUAACAAGCAAGCACACCAUCCAGAAACAGGGGGGCACAUCAGAAUGUGAGGACCUCAGGCUUGCCCUGAUUGCAUCCCUGACCAAGUGGCAGAGUCAGCCCUGGCUGCGACUGAGCGAGUUUGAGCUCGAGCAGGCAGAUGAGGAAGACCGCGCUGGACACAAGGACCACGAAGGUGAGCAGGGUCUGCGACGCGCGGCCACAACCUCCUGCCUUCGGGAGCCUCGACUGUCGAGAGCUUCCGAUACUUCGCUGGACUCUGAAGGCAUCGUCAGCAUUGGCCUGCAAACACAACCCGCAACGCCGGCGGCGCGCCCAGGCCCUUUCCUCUUCAAGAAGACCGCUGCCAAGAAGGGAUCCAUGUCCAUGAGGCCCUUCUCUGCAGUUACCAGCAGGCACAUGCAGAGAGUAAGGAAGAAGCACACCUUGCUCGAGCCGGCGCCAUGCUUGCCAGCUUCGACAUGA